AUAGCCACGAAGCCCUCAAACCAUCUCGUGAAGUAGCUAUAGAAGAUCUUCUGCGGUCGUUCGUCAGCUCAAAAAAGGAACCUCUCGCCGUUCCCGCUCGCCUUUCAAGAAAACAAAACCACGCAACAAAGAGAAAACCCGGCGGCGAACUCGUAAUUAUGGACAAGAUUGCCGAUACCAACGUAGAGGCCGUGACUGAGGGUGUCAAGAAGGUGGAGAUUGACUCAUCAAAGUUGACGGCGUUGAGUCAGGAGGUUAUCAGCCGACAGGCAACGAUCAACAUCGGUACUAUUGGUCACGUAGCCCACGGGAAAUCCACUGUCGUCAAGGCCAUCUCCGGUGUUCAGACUGUCAGGUUCAAGAACGAAUUGGAGCGAAACAUUACCAUCAAGUUGGGAUACGCCAACGCAAAGAUCUUCAAGUGUAACAAUGAAGCUUGUCCCCGACCUGGAAACUACAAGUCAUACGGAUCUGCUACUCCCCCCAACCCCGCUUGCGAACGUCCAGGAUGUGGCGGCACUAUGCAUCUCGAGAGACAUGUCUCCUUCGUCGACUGUCCCGGACACGACAUUCUCAUGGCCACAAUGUUGACCGGUGCCGCCGUCAUGGACGCCGCCCUCCUCCUCGUUGCCGGUAACGAAUCCUGUCCUCAGCCGCAGACGUCGGAACAUUUGGCCGCCGUCGAGAUUAUGAAGCUGCGGAAUAUUUUGAUCCUGCAAAACAAGGUCGAUCUCGUCAGAGAGGCCGAAGCUUUGGAGCAACAAAAGGCUAUCGCCAAGUUUAUCGAGGCUACCGUGGCCCGAGACGCACCCAUCAUCCCCAUCUCUGCCCAGCUAAAAUACAACAUCGACGCCGUUAACGAAUAUAUCUGCACCAAGAUUCCCGUUCCCAAGCACGAUUUCGAGGCCGACCCUAGGUUGAUCGUGAUUCGAUCUUUCGACGUCAACAAGCCCGGUUCGACCGUGGACGAGCUGAAGGGAGGUGUAGCAGGAGGCAGUAUCUUGAGCGGAGUGUUCAAGAUCGGACAAGAGGUCGAGAUCAGACCGGGUAAGGUCUUUACCGACCAGACCGGGAAAUUCAUCUGUCAACCCUUGCGAACCCGGAUCGUCUCACUCUUUGCCGAGGGCAACGAUUUGCAAUUCGCCGUGCCCGGAGGUCUUAUCGGUGUCGGUACCCUGGUGGACCCCAUCCUCUGCAAGGGUGACAAGCUCUUGGGUAAUGUCAUGACCGCCGUCGGAAAGGGUGCGGAUAUCUACGUCGAGUUGGAGAUCAGCUUCUUCUUGCUGCGACGAUUGUUGGGAGUAAAGACUACAGACAAGAAGCAGGCAAAGGUUCAGAAGUUGACCGCAGGAGAGCAGCUCUUUGUCAACGUCGGAGCAUCUCAGGUUGGAGGACGUGUUUUGGGUGUCAAGGGAGAUUUAGCAAAGAUCGCCUUGACCGCUCCCGCUUGUGCCCAGGCCAAGGACAAGGUGGCCUUGUCGCGACGUAUCGACAAGCAUUGGCGUUUGGUCGGUUGGGGAGAGGUCGUACGCGGUACCCUUGCAGAGGUCCAGGAAGAUUAGACGACACGAUAAUUUCUCUUUGCCUAUCCUAUACAAGCUACAUUUGUAUCGUCUAUCCAUCCUGUCCCACGAUAUCAUGGCAACAUCUAGACCCAAAAGAACCGGGACCUAACAAUCCAUCUUGAU